CUAGUAUUACUCGAACACAGACACGUGUGUGUGACGCAGAAUAUGCGCACGUUUGCAGAUUCGCUGAUGUACAGACCAUCGCACAUCGCUCGUUUUAACAUCUGCAGGGCGCAGUGAGUAAAGUCAGUGUUGUCAGAUCAGAUCUGAGUAAAGAUGGCAGCGCUAGCGGUGGUGGAAACCCCUUCAGGGAGAGACGCUCUCGCCGAGGGCUUGCUGGACCUCCUGAGACCCGCUGUACAGCAGCUCGACCUACAUGUGCACUCAGUCAGAGAAAGCCAAGUGGAGCUUCGGGAACACAUUGAUAAUUUGGCGUCUGAGUUGAGUAGAAUCAAUGAACACCAGAAGGUGGCACAAGACUUAGACCCGUAUGUUAAAAAACUGCUUAAUGCCAGGCGACGAGUGGUGCUUGUCAACAACAUACUCCAGAACGCACAGGAGCGUUUGCGGAGGCUGAACCAUAACGUUGCUAAGGAGACGGCACGCAGGAAGACCAUGCUUGAGGCAUCUGGAGCAUUUACCCCACGCUCUCCCAGCAAACCAUGAUGUCUGAAAUCACACAUGGAAUGGGAAUGCACCAUUACACUGUGCUCGAAGCCAAGGACCAGAAUCUUCCUCACAUCGUUAAAGGGCGCGGGGCUAUGCAAAGCACUGCUAGCAGAACGCUGCAGCAUUAAUGUCUGUUCACUUAAGAGUAGUCAGGGAGACAGCAGUGUAAAUAUGCACUCACUUCUUUCCUGAACAUGUGACUUUUUAAUAAAAUGUUUGUCUGUAUGAACUUAACUGUUGCUGAAAAAUGCAGUGCUGUGGAUUUGCUAAUUGUUUGGAAAUUUAGGUUAUGCAUUAUUAUUAUUAUUAUUUUUCAGAACUGUCAGAGAAGAUAUCUAGUCUAAUGUAACUAGCCAGUAUAUAUUCUGAUGCCAGUCUUCAUCUAAUCACUGAAGCAGAUUAUUGUAAUUUUUUUUUUGCUGAUGUGGAAAUUAAUCUCACUUAACAGUACAGUGUAUUAUUUUCUUACCAUAUUUUUUUUCUUGGGUUUAGACUCUAUACAGAUUUUUUUCUAAUUAAUUUCUGUUGCAAAUGUACUUCAUGUAUUUAAAGGAAUCGUUCACCCAAAAAUGAAAAUUUCCUCACCCAAGACAUAUAUGAGUUUGUAUUUCAUCUGAACAGAUUUGUAGAAAUGUAGCAUUCCAUCACUUGCUCACCGGUGGAUCCUCUGCAGUGAAUGGGUGCCGUCAGAAUGAGAGUCCAAACAGCUGAUAAAAACAUCACAAUAAUCCACACCACUCCAGUCCAUCAGUUAAUGUCUUAUGAAAAAAAAAGCUGCAUGUUUGUAAGAAACAAAUCCAUCUCUCAUUCUGACGGCACCCAUUCACUGCAGAGGAUCCAUUGGUGAAAAAUGGAAAUCAGAGGGUAAGGGUGAGUAACUUGACAGAAUUUUCAUUUUUGUGUGCACUAUCCAUUUAAGAAAACAUUCAAAACGUUUGAAUUUAAAAAUAUAUACAUUUUACUUUUUACAUAUAGAUAUUUAGCCUCUGAAGACGGAAUACUAUUCAUUAACUUCAUUUAAAAGUGUUAGAAUUAUGUAUAUAUAAAAGUCACAGAUCAAGCCAAUACAAGUGUGUAGACAUAAGUGACAAUUUUAAGGGGGAAAUGAACCUCCCCAGGCAUCCGCGCGCGGCAUGGCUUUGCAUUAUAAUUGAAUCAGCAGUAAAAUCUUAGGUAUGCACAUGUCUUAUGUAAAUAGUGGAUGCUUUGUAAGAGGAUAGGAGGAAGGGCAGAUGAAGGUGACCUCUGGUUUUAGCUGAAAAGGAGAGGGUUAGGAAAAGAUUUCAGGACAGGUGAAAGGUCAAGGGAGGGAAUCUCUCAAGGAGGAAGUUGGAAUCAUAUGAGGGGCCUCCUAAAAGAUGAGAGAUUAAAGACAGAUUGCUGGAAAUCAGAGUAAAAACCUUUUGGAGGCUGUUCAUAUUUGAUGCUCACUGCCUAUGCAUACUUAUCUAAAAUAUGUGCAUGCUACUGUAUGUUGUUCCUGUAAAAUGUGUCCAAAAGUUGUUAAAGAAAUGCUAGAAAAUCUGA